UGUUUUGUUUACACGAACAAAAAUAAGCGACUUGGCCGCCUCUCCCCUCGUCCUCUCUUCUCCCGCAACAGCAACUGUCUCCGAUCGAAUCGACGGCGACGACUCUUCCCUCCAGGCAACUCCCCUCCGGGGCUCAAGCUCUUCUCGCGACAUGAAGAUCUCGACCGCGUCGGCCUGAAGCUUCUCCCCUGCUGCUCGCGAAUCUCACAGCCGCCUCUCGGAGUCCACCGUGUCGGCCUCAAGUUUCUCCCCUGCUGCUCGCGAAUCUCCCCUUCCCGCCUCUCUUCCUCCCCUGAAGAACCCAGAAGGUCCACUAUUGCCGUGCUGCUCGCGACUCCCCUGCUGGGUUCAGGUAUUAGGUUUUCAGAAUUCGUUUUUCAGAAAAUGGCAGCUUCCAUUUCUCCAGAUUCCAUUUUCUGUUGUCAAAAUCACAGAAAACGAAAUGGGAAGUGAACGAGGCCUAAACAAAGCAAAAUUUCGACGAUCUCCCCCAACUGACAGCCGCAUCCUGCAACUCUCCGCUAGCAACUUGCAAAGAUGAAAUUGGACGUGGAGUUCUUGAGAUACCUCUCGAAGGAUGAUUUCAGAGUUCUUACUGCUGUCGAGAUGGGCAUGAGGAACCAUGAGAUUGUGCCUGCAGAAUUGAUUUCCCGUAUAACUUCUCUUAAGCAUGGGGGCACUUAUAAAGUAUUGAAGAACUUGCUCAAGCAUAAAUUAGUGCACCAUGACUCCUCAAAAUAUGAUGGGUUCCGGCUUACCUAUCUUGGGUACGAUUUCCUCGCAAUUAGAACUUUGGUUAAUCGAGGAGUCAUCGCAUAUGUUGGCCGCCAAAUUGGUGUUGGAAAAGAGUCUGAUAUCUUUGAAGUGGCUACAGAGGAUGGUACAGUUUUGGCUAUGAAGUUGCAUAGACUUGGUAUAACUUCUUUCAGGGCUGUGAAAUCGAAGCGUGAUUACCUGAGACAUCGAAGUAGUUUCAGCUGGCUCUAUUUGUCUCGACUCGCAGCAUUCAAGGAGUUUGCUUUUAUGAAGGCUCUGGAAGAUCAUGGUUUUCCUGUUCAGAAAGCUAUGGAUUGUAAUAGACACUGUGUGAUUAUGUCCCUUGUUCAAGGCUAUUCACUUGUGCAAGUGAGGGAAUUGCAGAAUCCAGAAGUUGUUUUUGAAAUAGUUCUUGGUCUUAUCGUUCGUUUGGCAGAACACGGGUUCAUUCAUUGUGACUUCAAUGACUUUAAUAUCAUGAUUGAUGACGAUGAGAAGGUGAUAAUGAUUGAUUUCCCCCAGAUGGUAUCGGUGUCUCAUCAAAAUGCACAAAUGUUCUUCGACCGUGAUGUUGAAUGCAUCUAUAAGUUCUUUGCCAAGAGGUAUAACCUCUCUUUCGAGGACGAUGCAGACGAUAACAAUUUUGCACAUGCAGACAUUGACGAAUCUGGAAGACCUUCCUUUUCCUCGAUUUCUAAGUCUUCUGGUUGUCUUGAUACUUGCUACUAGUGGAUUCACACAGAAGGAUCAAGAUGAUAUGGAGAAGUUCAUUGAAGGAGGUGCCGACAGCGAAGAAGAUGAGGAUGAAGAGCAUGUUUCAGAGGCACAUGAACCCGACAUCACGAACUUAGGUUCUCUGCAGAUAAAUGAGCAGGUAGAGCAAACGAAUGAAGAGGAAAAAAUUGUUGCGAAUCAAUUGACUGAAAAGGCACAAAGCGACAGCCGGAUGAUGAGGGUUUUGGGCCAUUCCAGAAAGAGGAAGACGACGAGAAUGCAACAGAGAGUGAUGCAGAGCUGACCAAGAGGCUGAACAAGCACAAAAAGCGAGCAAUAGCAGCAGCUCGUGGGAGGCAGAAUCGAAUAUCCUCCAGAAAUCUAUAAGACAAGGGUGGUAGAUCCUCUCAGAGCUCCAAAGUUCAGAAGAACUUUGGUGGCUGGUAAAAUCAAAAUCCAAUAGGGAUUUACAUGGGGGUUGUUUGGUCGGUUCUUUUGCCGCCUCGUUGUAUGACAGUUUUGAUAUUUAGGUGAGAGAGACCAGGGAGAAGAGAGCUUGUACAAAAAGCCUAAAAUGAUAUGUAACCAAUCAAACAGACUUUCGUGGUGAUCGUAUUAUUUAUAACAAUGAGUUGGUGCGAGUGUGCUACUUUCAGGCUAUGAGCGAGCUGUCCAAGGUUUGAUGGUCCUUGAACAGGAAAUUUAACAUAUACCAGUUUUUGGUCCUUGCUCCAAACAAUGAACAACCAUGAGAUCCAAUCUAAGUUCUACCGAAUAACUCAUGUUAUACUAACAUAUGAAC